AUGAAUAUACGAGUAUCAGUGAAGUAUUGUGGAAGGAGUUUGACUGCUUAAAUCAAUCCCAAGACAACUCUCAACGAGUUGAUUUAACACACUAUAGAUGGGGCAUAUGCUAAAAAGUAGAUGCUACUGAAUCCAGGAGUGUAUUUGUCUGAUAGAGGAAUGUUAUGCAAAGGAGAUGAGCUCAAUAAGGCUUUGGAAGUUUACUUUCCAAUGAUUUCACUUUAAGGUCCACCUGUGGAAUUACUAAUUCUAAGGGAGGAGGAGUUCAUUGAAUAUGAUAUUGCAAUAAAAUCAUAACCCAAAUUGGUUGAUAGUGAGCCUCCUGAUUUGGGGGAUUCUCAACCAAUUUAAAAAUAACCAGAUGUUAGUGAUUUAUUCCCACAAUCAAAUUUGAUGAUUUCAUAACAAGGUGCAAUGAAUUAAGGACAGUUUACUUUGAAAUUUAAAACAACAGCCAAUUUAAGCAAACAAGGAUUCGAAUUUAAAAAUCUAUCAGAUAAUAAUACUAUCAAUGAUAUCAAGGAUCAACUAUUUAAAUACUUUGGCUUCCAAGAUAGAUCUAUUGUUGAUUUGGAUCUUUAUUAUAAUGAUAUCCCACUCCAAGGGGUAAAAUGCAAUAGAACUUUAGCUUAGUUAUCUAUACCCCCUGGAGAGACCAUAGAAAUUAAGGCAAGAUGGACAGGAGGCAGUUUGGCAUGAUAUAAGAUUAUUCAAUAGAAUAUAAAACAAUAUAAACACAAUGAUAUUAAAAAA